UAGCUUUUGGAAGAAAAAUGCAGAAUUUGUCCUCACUCGCAAGGUGUUCGAUGAAAUGUCCCAACCGAAUUCCUUUUGUGGCGAAGUUAGCGGUGAGAGAGGAAUUUGAUUUAGUUGAUGUUAACGGCUCAAUAUACUUAAUCCUGACACUAGGAAUUUGAUUCAUUGGCCAAACGGCCAGGUUCUGAGUGGAGAACUAGACUCACAUUGCUGCAGCUAUCCUAUUCUUUACAAUGUAAUAUACAUGGAGGUAAUCCUUAAGCAUAGAGAUCUUAAGGAGGAGUGGGUGUGGUUGCUAGAAAGGCUGGAUUAUUUUCCCAACCUUCGAAAUCUUACCAUUAUCGAGGACAAUGGGAAUGGAGACGAAAUUGUGUAUAAUUGGAGGGAACAAACAUCUACUCUGGGAUGUCUUUCAACACAGCUUAGAACAUGUUUGAUUAAACAAUUUACAUACACAGAAUGUGGUCUUCAAUUUGCUGAAUAUAUUUUGAGGAAUUCAAAGGUACUGGACACAAUGUCAAUCAAGAGUGCUUCAUUCAUAAAUGAAAAUGUCAAGCACCAAAUGUUAAUGAUAUUAGCUUCGGAGGAAUUCAAAGGGGCUGUUUUGACAAAGCCGACUGAUCCAGGAGCAGUUUGAGAUUGAUACAACGCUGAUAGUUUGGCUGCACCCAAGCCUCUUAUCAAACUGCUGGAUCUGAUGGAAAAUUAGUUGAUCGGGAAGCGCGUCUAACUGCAAUCUCUUCAAGCGGAGCAAAGGUACUGAAUUGGAAUGGAUUUAAAUGUCUGAAACUCGCUUGUAUUAGCGUUGAACUGGGGUGCAUCUAAUUUGAUUUGGGAUCGCAUCUCUCGCACUAACCGUAAUAAUAGGUAUGCUUUAAUGUGAACAUAGUUGGAUGAGGCCAUAGGUUCUGUUUGCUAUUUUGAACUAGCCAUACCUCCUGUUUCUUCCUGAUUUUUUUAUAUGGUGCAACAUUGUCUCCUUUUUUUUUUGUCUCAAUUCUGAAAAGAAUUGGUUUGAAUUGUGUUUGAAUGCUGCAGGGAGUUUAUAGCAGCAGGUUCAAAAAAUGUUAGUAAUCAGUGACAGAAAGUUAGGUUAAUAUUUAAUUGUUAGAAUUGAAAAAGCUGUUGUGGGUUAGGUGAUUUGUCUUUAAGAUAGUCAUAAGGAUGGUUCCAUGGUAGAUUUGUCUUUAGGAGAAAACCAUUGUUGCAUAACUUUGGUGAUUGUAUAUAUUUAGUAGAAGCAAUACAUAUCUAGA